AUGGGCCAAUCGAUCGACAGACAGACUGUGGAAGAGUGUUUCAGGAGUCGUUCAGAGAAGCCGGUCGACGCAGUCGCUCGUGAAGCGAAACUACGCCCUCUCUCUUCUCAACAUCUACCCCCUCCGUCAUCUCCCAUAUCUUCUUGCCACACUCGAGUGCUCGAGUCAGAAUGCGAAGCUGGAAAGGUUUCCGAGAGUGAGAACUCGGCCUAUCAAGCAUUGCUGGGAGACGACAGCGUUUCGACCUGUGACAUUGACCACGCCCGUGAAAUAAUUGACGAAAUGAAUCGGUUUUGGAAGUCCGAAGCCGGGCCGGCAGUGUGUUUUCGAGAUCAACUCGGAGUGUGGUCCGAUUUUCGGGAGUUGCAAGAGGACAUCCGCAAGGGUGACCUCGAUUGGACCUCAUAUGAGCGAGAGGUGUUUCGCAUUCUUGAAGACGCCGGUGAUGUUGGGAAGUUGCGACUGCGCCAAGACAGAAAGCUUCAAAGCCGGCUGGAAGACUGGUGUGAGUUCCGGCACUUCUGCCAUGAAAGACUUAAAUACCUCGUGAGUGAUCUUGUGGCCGCAGAGCAGGAGUUUGUGCAAGCCCAAAGCGAACUUCACAGCACUAGGCCUGGAGCCGGAGAGGUUCCUCCCAGGGUUGGCGGACCCAGUUGGGCGUACACGGAAGAGGCCGAGGGGAAGAGGAAAGACAACGAAGGUGAAAUAGAGACAGCAAACCAAAGACUUGAGCAGCUCGCCUACGCUGAGCAAAGGCAGACCAGACGCAAAGCGGCGCUUCUAAAGGAUGCUCAGGAGAGGCUUGACGAAUCCCAAAAAGUGUUGAACCUUCUAUUCCGCCUCAGCGGAGCCAGGAGGCGCUUUCGAACAGCACAACGGGACGAAAAGGGGUGGUCCACCUUUGGUAAAUCCAAUUAUGCAGUAUGGCUACCUGCAUGCGAGAUGGAACUGCGGGCACAGGAGUGCUAUGGUGCAGUAUCUCGUCCCCCAGUUGUCGAUCCUCACACCCUAAACACACUGGAACGAGCGGCUAGGAUAGCAGACUGGUUGGCGACCAGAGAGACUCGACCAAAAGAGGGCUUUUCAGAGGACGUGCUGAUGGCUAACUAUGGACAAUGGCGAGCGUUAGAGGAUGCGAAGUUCGAGAAAUGGGAAGACUUGAACUCGAAGGCACAGAGUGUCAUUUACAACCUCUGCGCGAAUCACGUUAAGCCAUUGAUUGUGCAUGAAAAGACUGCAAGAGAUAUACUUGCAAAGCUCAAACAGGCUUACGAGCAACAAGGUCUUGCGGCGAUCUAUCAACAGACAAUCCUGGUCAACAGUUACUCGCUCAAACAGUUCAAUACUCUGGAGGAAUAUGUGAACAAAUUGAGGUCGAAUCGGUCUAGCUUUGACGCAUUGAGACACCAGUUUAAUGACGACUUUUGGGUGUCAGUCUUCCUAAAUGGAUUAGGUGAAGACUAUGAAUUGGUGGUGUCACAGAUCCUCGACACACCUGCGAAUACAGUGGCUUUUGAUGACGCUGUUCAGAAGGUCUUCCGACACGACAUGAGGAAGGUCACUCAAACCACUGGUAAUGGUCAAUCGAAUCAGGCAAAUGCCUUCAAGGCUCAGGGCCAGGCUAAGGCCAAAACUGGCAACAAACAAAAUAAGAAUGCCAAUAACAACAAUGGUCAAAACAAGAACAAGGACUCAGAGAAAUGGGAAUGUCACUUUGUGUGA